AUGGAAUAACUAGACGGUUAAUAGGAACAAGUAUACUUUAUCUAUAAUACAGCAAUCCUUAUUUUAUACUCAGUCCCUGCUAUCUUUAUAUUCUUGAAGACCAAAGCCAAGUUGGAGAAAUCAGUAGUAAUUAACAUCAUAUUAUUCAUAAUAAGCUUUUCUCUUAAAUUCUUGACUUGGCUUUUGAAUUAUUUACUAGUAAAGAAUGAUACCAAGCUACAAGGGAUUUAACUCGUUACAUUUAGUGCUUCUUUCUUGAUUGAAUUAAGUCUAUAUCACUUUAUUUUUGAAAUGAUGGGUGUUUAUGUUGCUCUUUAAAGCGCUACACAUGAAGAAUAUUUAAGAGGUAAUAUUAUGACAAAGAGCUGGAGGAAAUUAGCUAUCUGUAUAUAGAUAUUUGUAUUUCUGGUUUCAUCAAUGUUCCAAAUUAGAUUUCUCUUCUUUGAUGCUAUGAAGGAAUCAUUGAUUGACAAUCCUGUUGGGUAUAUGGACUAGCUCUUUAAGAUAUUAAGAAUGAUCGUGGACAUAAAUAUGUGCUACUUAUUCUGCAAGCUUGCUCUUUUUUUCAUGUCUAGAAAGAAGGAAAUACUGGCAAAAGCAGGCAGAAAAUUCAGUCUCUUCAACUAUUUUAUUGUUGCCUAUGUAUUACUUCUGAUCAUAGUAAAUAUCUAUGCCUUCACUAUGAAAACAUUUAUGUAUCAAAUUCAAAGAUAAAUAGUGACUGGUGAUAGUAUUGGCAUAUUUUCAACAUUCGAUGUCUACCAAGCAUUGAUCUUUUCAACGGUUGACUUCUUCACAGCCUUUGGAAUACUCUAUGUGUUUUAUCUCUAGAGUGUAAAAAAUUAAAAUAAAGAAACAUCUGAUUAAGGCUUAGAUUAAACUCCAGAUGAAUUUCAAAGACCGAACUAUAAAACCAAGGACGUCUAAAAUCUGCUAUACGCUCAAUCAACCUCUAUUAAUAUUGAUGAUUCAGAUAAUAGAGGGAAAUCAAGCUCAAAUGGCUCAAAUUAAUCUAAAUUAUCUUAAUUCGCAAAGUCAUAGGGCUCUUCAUAUUAAAAUUCCCAAAGAUAAAAGGGUGUUUCUUAGUAUACAAAUAAAAUGAGUAGUCCAGAUUCAGAAUCUUCUUAGUUUUAGCAAUUUUUAAUGAAUCAAAUGAUGGAUGAUAGCAAGGGUAACUUUAAUUAUCAGAGAUUUAAGGAAAGUAUUUUUGACAUUUGA